UUUGAGAGACGACGACAACAGUCUUCCUUCCCUGUUAUAGUUUACAGAUUAGUCUUCUGCAAAUGACCGAGAGGACUAAACUACUGAGCUGUCGUAUUCGUUUCCCUCAUUAUUAUUAUUAUUAGGGAAAAAGAAGGAAAUGGACAGCCAUCAAUGACUAUAUUUCCGUGUAUCAAUUAAUCGAUUAUUUACUGUGAUCCUUUCCUCUCAGUCACAUUGUCAGCUUCCAUACGUUUUCCUAAUAACGAUCAAUCACUAAUUCACUAUUCAUUACCAUCUAUGCAUCCAAAUCUAGCUGGGAUAUUUAUGUACCAGAGUAUUAAGAGUCGUAGUCUUUCAUUGUCUUGCAUUCCUAAUUUUAGCUCAAAAGGGAUUUUCCCAAAUGAGAUCUCCACUCCAUUGAUUUAUUCGCUGCUCUGUGCUCUGGUAGUGGUGUCUCAGAUUUUCAGAUCCCACUGCGGAGUUUAGUUAGUUGGUUUAUUUGUUCCAUAUUUGGUUUGGUAGCUUAGAGCAGUAAGAAAGCUGCUGAGCAGUGCACCAUCAUGAAACUCUUGUUUGUUUUUGGUUUAGUUGGGCUUGUUUUGAGCAGAUGGGUGGAUUGUUUUGAGGAUUUGAAUCUCACAGAGGUUUCUCAUCUCCAUAGUUAUGGAGUGGCCCCCAAUCCUUUGAUGGUGGGUCUCACCCUUAUCGGAGGAGCUGCUGCAAAAGGAGCCGUUUGCCUGGAUGGAACUUCACCUGGUUACCACUUGCAUCGUGGAUUUGGGUCGGGGGCGAACAGCUGGCUUAUACAAUUGGAGGGAGGAGGUUGGUGCAAUGACAUUAGAACUUGUGUUUACCGCAAGAAAACCCGCCGUGGUUCAUCAACAUAUAUGGAAAAACAGAUCCCAUUUACAGGAAUAUUGAGCAAUAAAGCUGAAGAAAAUCCUGAUUUUUUCAACUGGAACAGGGUCAAACUCCGUUAUUGUGAUGGUGCAUCUUUUAGCGGGGAUGGUCAACAUGAGGCUGCAGGACUUAAUUUUCGAGGACAACGUAUCUGGUUAGCUGGCAUGGAAGAUUUAAUGUCAAAGGGAAUGCGACAUGCCAACCAGGCUCUUCUUUCUGGUUGCUCUGCUGGGGGUCUGGCUGCUAUACUACACUGUGAUGAGUUUCAAGCACUAUUUCCUAGCAGUACAAAAGUCAAAUGCCUGAGUGAUGCUGGAUUAUUUCUUGAUGCGAUUGAUGUAUCUGGCGGGCAUACCCUAAGAAAUAUGUUUGGAGGCGUGGUUAGCUUACAGGGUGUGCAAAAGAACCUACCAGGGACUUGUACUGUCAACAUGGAUCCGACUUCGUGCUUCUUUCCUCAAAACUUAAUUUCCAACAUUAAGACUCCCCUUUUUCUUCUGAAUGCAGCCUAUGAUGCAUGGCAGCUCCAAGCCAGUUUAGCUCCACCAUCAGCUGACCCACAUGGCGAUUGGCAUGAAUGUAAAUUGAAUCAUGCAAACUGCACUGCAUCACAAAUACAAUUUCUCCAAGGCUUCAGGAACCAAAUGCUCAAUGCUAUAAAAGGCUUCUCAAUGUCCAGGGAAAAUGGUUUAUUCAUAAAUUCAUGUUUUGCUCACUGCCAGACUGAGAGACAGGAUACAUGGUUUGCUGAUGAAUCACCCCUUAUUGGGAGCAAGGGAAUUGCACAAUCUGUUGGUGACUGGUAUUUCGACCGGGCAGGAGUUAAGGCGAUCGACUGUGCAUAUCCUUGUGACAAGACUUGUCACAAUCUAGUAUUCGAAAAAAAAAAAUGAGUAAGAAACAAUUGAUUGGUCUUCAAUGGCUUCUCUCUAAUAUAUUUAAAUAAUUUGUAUCAUUCAAAACACAUGGUAGUUAAUAAAUGGGUUUAUUGAACUUUUAGAACAACCAAA